AUGAAUAUAGGUGGAAAUCCUCUGAAAAAUGCUGCUCCCGAUAAAAGGAAAGCAUUAGAAGAGACCAAAGCAUACACAACCCAGUCUCUUGCUAGUGUUGCUUAUCAGAUCAAUGCACUGGCCAACAAUGUACUCCAACUGCUGGACAUUCAAGCAUCCCAGCUGCGGAGAAUGGAGUCCUCCAUCAACCAUAUCUCCCAGACUGUGGACAUCCAUAAAGAGAAAGUGGCUCGCAGAGAGAUAGGUAUUUUGACAACCAAUAAGAACACAUCAAGAACUCAUAAAAUUAUAGCGCCGGCGAACAUGGAGCGCCCUGUAAGGUACAUUCGAAAACCUAUCGACUAUACCGUGCUGGAUGAUGUCGGCCAUGGUGUAAAGCAUGGAAAUAACCAGCCUGCAAGAACUGGCACCUUGUCAAGGACAAAUCCACCUACACAAAAACCACCAAGUCCUCCUAUGUCAGGCCGGGGAACUCUGGGACGAAAUACUCCUUACAAAACCUUGGAGCCAGUUAAACCUCCAACUGUUCCUAAUGAUUACAUGACCAGUCCUGCCAGACUUGGAAGCCAACACAGUCCAGGAAGAACAGCUUCCUUAAACCAGAGACCAAGAACACACAGUGGUAGUAGUGGAGGAAGUGGCAGUCGAGAGAACAGUGGAAGCAGCAGUAUUGGCAUUCCCAUUGCCGUGCCUACACCUUCGCCACCAACUGUUGGGCCAGCACAAAUUUCUGUUCCUCCUCCUCCUGGAGUCCCGCCAGCACCACCACUGCCACCACCUCUCCCGAUGGGCAGUACGAUAGCUGCUCCUGGUUCAGCUCCUGGUUCCCAGUAUGGCACAAUGACCAGGCAAAUUUCACGACACAACUCUACCACUUCUUCAGCAUCUUCUAGUGGAUACAGACGGAAUCCCUCUGUGACUGCCCCAUUUUCUGCUCAACCUCAUGUUAAUGGCGGGCCUCUCUAUUCUCAAAACUCAAUUUCUAUUGCUCCACCCCCUCCCCCUAUGCCUCAGUUGACUCCACAGAUACCUCUCACAGGCUUCGUGGCCAGGGUGCAGGAAAACAUUGCUGAUAGUCCAACUCCUCCUCCUCCACCACCUCCAGAUGAGAUGCCUAUGUUUGAUGAUUCUCCUCCUCCUCCUCCCCCUCCCCCUGUGGAUUAUGAGGAUGAGGAAGCUGCAGUAGUGCAGUACAGUGAUCCGUAUGCAGAUGGAGACCCUGCUUGGGCCCCUAAAAACUAUAUUGAGAAAGUUGUUGCUAUAUAUGACUACACAAAGGACAAGGAUGAUGAGCUGUCAUUUAUGGAAGGUGCAAUCAUUUAUGUGAUAAAGAAGAAUGAUGAUGGGUGGUAUGAAGGAGUUUGCAAUCGAGUGACUGGCCUGUUCCCUGGGAAUUAUGUCGAAUCAAUCAUGCACUAUGCUGAUUAGAAUCUUUGCUUUUCAAGUUGGGUCUUGUAUUCAAUCAUACCAUGAUUAUUUACAAGAGGUAACUAAAGGUUAACAAUUGUCUUAAUACACUUUUAAAAAAAAAUGUGCCCAUCUUUUCAGGCCAUACUGUUUUAAUGGUAUGAUUGAAGAAUGUCCAUCUCCAUAAGCAUAAAUCUUUGGAGACAGUUUGUCUUACCUGAUAGCAAUUUGUAAAACAAGCAACUGUCUUAUUACUGGUUAUGCUUAUUUACUUACGCAUUGUUAAUUUUAUGACCAGCCUAAAUAUUCUUGGGAAGUAGGGUAUAAUAUUUAAUGAACCAUGAUUCAGAUUGUGCCAUUAAAUUUUUCAGUGCAGCAUGGUAACUAACAUUAAGUUAGACUAACAUAUUAAAAUCUGGGUGAAAAGUUUGUCAGUGCUGGUCAUAUUACAUUUUGUUAGACUCUUGCUCAUUCUUGAACUAUAAUUGUUUAAAGCAUGCAUACAAACUUAUGUAUUGAAAUAUACUUUUUUAAAAAUCCAAGAUGCUUCCAAUUUGUUGUAAUCUUUACCUGGAGAACUCACUAAAAUCUAUUGCAAUGAAUUGCUUGAGUCUCUACGGUGUCCAUGUGAAUCAAAAAUGGGUGGUCUUAUGUAUGUGUAAUUUGUACCAAGUUUUUUUUAAAUGAGUAAAUUUGCAUUACAACUUUUCCAUUCAUAAA